UUCCUGGUCGGGCGUACGACGACGACGUCAGCAAAGUCGGGUUUGUUGUGUUGGCAACGGUGUCUCGUAAGGCUGCUGCUGUGGUGCCGAGGGACGAAACCCUGACGGAGGAGUCUCUCUCUCUCUCUCUCCCGUCGAAGUUCAUGUUUUAACAGUGCCCAGGGCCCGCGAGUGAAGCAGCAAGAUGUGGCGGUGGGCGGUAUUAUUGACUAUCGUAGCGCAGAGAGCCCUGGGGUUCUACGUCCCCGGCGUUGCCCCCGUCGAGUUUUCGAAGAACUCGCCCGUCGAAGUCAAGGCUGUCAAAAUGACGAGUUCGCAGACGCAGUUGCCCUACGACUACUACUCCCUGCAGUUCUGUAGGCCCCGCAACGGCACCCUGUACAAGUCUGAGAACCUGGGCGAGGUGCUGAGGGGCGACAGGAUCGUCAACACGCCCUACGAGGUGCACAUGGACACAGCGGUGCCCUGCAAGUUGCUCUGCCAUGACCUGGCCAAGCCCAUCGUCUGGAGCGAGCAGGAGUCGAAGGAGGUCGUCGAUCGUAUCCGCCACGAGUACUACGUCCACCUGCUCGUCGACAACCUCCCCUGCGCCACCAAGUUCGAGAUGAUGGACACCCACGAGCAGGUCUACGAGAGAGGCUACAAGUUGGGCUACGUCCACGACAACAAGGCCUUCAUCCACAACCACCUCCGCCUCAUCCUCUCCUACCACACCGACGACAACGUCAGCUACCGCGUCGUCCGCUUCGAGGUCGAGGCCGUCAGCGUCGACCUCAAUGAGCUCAAGGGAUCUGCAGAUCACUGUUCAUUUCCGGAGAAACAUGCCCCUCAAGAGAUAAAGGAAAAUGGCCCAAACAAUAUCCUCUUCAGCUACUCAGUCACUUGGCAGAGGUCAGAUGUGAGAUGGGCGUCUCGUUGGGACAUAUACCUGCAGAUGACAGACGUUCAGAUUCACUGGUUUUCCAUCGUCAAUUCUUUAGUGGUCGUCUUCUUUUUGUCUGGAAUCCUCACGAUGAUAAUGAUCCGAACACUCAGACGAGACAUUGCAAGGUACAAUGCAGAUGAGAAUCUGGAGGAGACACUAGAAGAAUCUGGAUGGAAGCUUGUGCACGGAGAUGUGUUCCGACCACCUCGUUACCCUAAAUUAUUCACGGCUCUUGUGGGUUCUGGAGUCCAGAUAUUCUGUAUGGCCCUUGUAACUAUUAUAUUAGCUAUGUUCGGCAUGUUGUCUCCUGCAUCUCGUGGUGCCCUAAUGACUGCAGGUAUUUUACUGUAUGUUUUCAUGGGAUUGAUAGCCGGGUAUAUGUCCGGGAGAUUGUAUCGUACGUUGCGAGGUCAGCAGUGGAAGUCUGCUGCUUUUUGGACAGCCACACUCUACCCAGCAUUUGUUUUUACCACAGGGUUCUUCUUAAACUUCUUUAUUUGGGGUAAACAGUCGAGUGGUGCUGUGCCUUUCACAACGAUGCUUGCCCUGUUUUCCCUGUGGAUAUGCAUAUCAGUGCCGCUUAACUUCAUAGGUUACUAUUUUGGUUUCCGCAAGCACCCGUACGAACAUCCUGUCAGGACCAACCAGAUUCCUCGACAGGUUCCGGAACAAGUGUGGUAUAUGCAUCCUGUGCUGUGCCUACUCAUGGCUGGCGUCCUCCCAUUUGGAGCCAUGUUCAUCGAGCUUUUCUUCAUUCUCUCAGCCAUUUGGGAGAACCAGUUUUAUUAUCUCUUUGGGUUUUUGUUUUUGGUGUUCAUCAUCCUGGUCGUGUCCUGUGGUCAGAUAAGUGUUGUCAUGGUGUACUUCCAGUUGUGCGGAGAGGACUACCACUGGUGGUGGCGAAGUCUCGUCACGUCGGGAGGCUCGGCAGUGUAUGUGGCUGCUUACUCUAUCUUCUAUUUAAGUACAAAGCUAGAGAUAACCGAGUUUGUCCCCCUCCUCUUGUAUUUCGGCUACACAGCGAUAAUGGUCGCAACUUUCUGGCUACUGACAGGCACCAUUGGCUUCUAUGCUGCUUAUCUUUUUAUAAAGAAAAUUUAUGGUGCAGUUAAGAUAGAUUGAGGUAUGUCAUAAUUGAGUGAAAGUCAAGUAGUCUUAUUUAAUUUUUCCUUUGUAUAAAAGCAGCAGCAUGUUACUUGCUUGAGGGUAGAAAGGGAGCACAUUUUCAUGUGCAAGAGAAAGAUUUAUUAAUCCUAUUUUUCAGACAUAUUCAGUUUUUAGUUAUGAAUUUAUUGUUGAGUUUUUUUUUCUUUUUUUACCAAAGCCUUAGAUAUUGUACUAUGUAGGUACUAAUGUUUUCUUUGAUGCGUUUGUGAUGUGUUGAACUAAUAUGGUAAUUGAGAUCAAACAAGGAGUGUGCACUUUGGAACUUUGUAUAUAUUGUUUAAGUCUUCAAUUGGGCUGUCUGUCUCAGAUGGCAAUGGAUGAAUAAAGGUAAUGUAUGCUGAAUAUUUCAGUGAAUACAGUCGGUGAUAUUAUUUGCUGUAUUAUGGUACGUGUACUGGGCUUCAUAAGAUUAGCUGUUGAAUGGUACUUGCCUGCACGAGACAUUCAGGUUGGUUUGGAUUCCAUUUAUUUGCAAUGAGGAAGCUGAUAGUUUGCAGAUCUUCUGGUUUGCUGAUUCAGCUUCCAGUGUAUUAAUUGCAGUAUCAGUAGAGAUUUGGAAAGACACAUUCUCAAAGCCCCUUGAGAAUUUUUUCUUUUGUGCAUCUUGUCUGUGUAUUAGAAGGUUCUCCCCACUUUUUGCAAGGAUCAGAAAGAGCCUCGUUGUGACAAAGUAACAAAAGACAGUGAAGAUGUCGUGCAAAAUUCACAUUUUUGUGAAUUUGCAUCGUCAUGUAUAGGUAUAAUCAAGGCUUUGUGUAUAGCAACAGAAAACUCCCGUACCAACAGUUUUAAACCUGUGUCCAUAAUUCAUGACAUACUUCCCUGUGAAUACUUGGAUGAGGUGACUUGCACUGUUUAUAUUUGUAAAUGCUUGGUAUUUGCUCUCAUUAUCUGUGAAAGGUUAAUGAGACCUGACAUUUUUCACUUAAUCUUGUCUGUAAAAGUGAUUGGUUUUGAUGUAUGUUUGUACUCAAGUGGAGUAUAAGCCAGUUGUUUAUUGUUAGAAGCUGAUUAUUAUAAUAUCUGAAGUGAAUGUAAUUUCUAAAAACUGGGCUGAUUCAUAGUUUUCUGAUUUUCACUUCUGGUACUUUUAUUUGCAGUAGCAAUUUUUUUGCAUCAUAUUGUAUUUUAUUUGCAAUAGCAGUUGUUAGCAUCAUAUUGUAUUUUAGUGUUCUGUUUUGACUUUGUUAUGAUUGAGAUCUGUUUGAGAUACUUUGCGUGUUUAUUCAGUUAUGGGGGUAAAAUCACUGAGCAGUUAGAUUAUGUAACCUGAAUGGAUUCAUUAUCAUUAUUUCUGUGGCAGUCUGAAGUUUCUCCUGAGAUAUCUCAGGAGCAGAUUGCACUGGAGCGGAGAUAUGUCGCGACCCUCUGAUUAAGUAAGUAGACAUUAUUCAUGUGGCAUCAUUCAUAUACUGUAGAUUCUUUGUGAAGCAUGAUGACCCUUUCAUUUGACCUUUGCAUAAUUGUAUGCAUUAUCCUCACUGUUUUUAUAAUAUUUAAUUAAUAAAAUUGUUAACUGAUACUACCCUUUACUACUAUAUUUUAUCAUGAAUACAUUAUUACAAAUAUACAUUAACAAUGAUAAUUACGUGAGUAAAUAAAAGUAUACUUGCCAGAUGUCAUUAGGUGAUUUAACUAGAUCACCCAGUCCAUAUAAGAAUCAUCAGAGGUAUAUGUUAUUACAGUUAUUUAGGAGGAAGAUAUAAUUAUUUGCAAAGGUAUAUAGAAUUCAUUGCAGAAGAUUGUAUUAGCAAAAAAUACUUGUUGAAACUCCUUUAAAUAUCUUUUAGGUAGUUUUAUAGAUGGAAAUAAGAAGAGAGGUGUAUUUGAUACAUUGUUGUGAAAAGUAGCCUGGUUAGUUUCGUGAUAACUUUAUUAAUGCCUUCAAAGUAAUAAGUGAUUAACCUUCUUGGUAACAGGACAAGUACAUAUAAAGUAGGACUGAGGUACUUUUGCUAUUGAAAAGGUAGUGGUCACCCAUAGAUUGCUGUGUGGAUGUGGAUGAAGUAAACAUGUUACAAAAGUUUGUUUAUUAAUACAACAGAAAUGAAAGAAAAACCUUCCAGAAUUUUAUUUGUUGUGUAUGGACACAAUAUAUUGUCUUCUGAUUUUACUUAUGUUUAACACCCGAAAAGGCAGAAUAAUUGAGCACUUAGGUCAACAGGAAUCCCAAAGUCAACCUUACAGUAAUUUGUCAUAUCAUUUUCAUUAUGGCUAGCCAAGUAAGUUAUUUAGCCAUGAGUCAUCAAAAUAAUUUAGGAUACCAAUUUUACUUUAGUAGGAAAAUCAGGUGUUCUUUGCUUGAUAACACCAAGUCCUAAGGCUAUUUCCAUAUGAUAUGUGCUCUGAAGUGAGUGCUAGUGGUAUUGAUUUAACUACACAAAAUGAAUCAGUGACUGGGUGAUAUUGUUUAUUGGUUUUGCUUGAUAAUACAAAGUCAUGGCUAUUUCCAUACGUUAUGUGCUCUGAAGUGAGUGCGAGUGGUAUUGAUUUAACUACACAAAAUGAAUCAGUGACUGGGUGAUUUUGUGCAUUGGUUAUCAAAGUGUAUUAGCUAAGAGGUCACAGAUACUUUUCUGCAGGAAGCAGAAUCUGUUGUCAAAACAGUAAGGUGAAAAUGAUGUUGAAUUUACAUUGACAUGUGAGACUCCCAGCUGUGGCACAAGAUAGUUUGGUACACAGUUUAUCUAAAAAAAUCAGUAUUCCUGUUUUGGAUAUGGUUCAGACCUACCACAAAUCGCCAACUAAAAAAUACCGACUUAAUAUCUACCAGGGAGAGCAAUUUGUAGCUAUAAGUAUGAACAUCGGCUAAGUACAAGUUUCUUGUGUAGCUGAAGUAGGACUCAAGUCUAGUACUAAUGCCUGGAGGGAACUCCACAUGCUGGUAAAUGAGUUAUAACUAUAGGAAAUUGUCUAGCCUGGUUUUCAUAAACCUUAUAUCUUUCCAGCAGGAUUAAGAACCAGCACAUAAAUGACCCAUAACUGAGGUUUGUUGUUGUUAGAAUCUGUGGCUUUGGACUUCAAGAUAAAACUGGGAAUCCACAAACUUGUUUAUGAUCCCAAUUAUAAUUAAAUUCAGUGGGCAAAGUGAGGAAAACUAGAGUCAUGCACAACAAGAUAACUGAAACCAUUAUGUAAGCAUGACCAACUUAGAGUAAAGCUUUAUAUAGAGGGGUAAGAAUGCUUUUAUAAGUGAUAUUCUAUAGUUGUCAUCAAAUGUUUUUAAGAGACGAUGGUAAAUGCUAGUUUUUUUUUUCUUUUUCUUUUUCUUCAAGUUUUAUUUCAUUUUGAGUGUUGUUAUCCAUCAUAUUGAGGAGUUAUGUAGUAAAGUGAUUAGUAUUAAUUUACCUUAUGUUCCCAAGUAUAUUUGUUGAGAGUGCUAGCUUGUCAUUUGAGCUAUAUGAGAGAACAUAUGGUGUUGAGCUCCUAAACUGAAGAGGGAAUAGUGGUGUUCCAUAACUUGUUUUCUCCUGACUACAGAAUAUACAGUGUUACAUUUAGGAAUGAUCCAAUACAUAUGUUGUCUACCAGAAGAAAGGGAUGAAAUAUUAUAUCAUCAUUUUGAUGCUCCCAUGCCAAGUAGUAAAGUUUACACCACAGGGGAUUUUGAGCUCUAUAAAUAUAAUGAAAGGGAUUGUCUAUAUUUUUACUUUGUAAAAAAUGCAAUCAUAAGAGAGAUGAGCCCUUCAAUACCAUUAUGUUUAUUACUGUAGCAGUGGCUAUUGAUGGAAGAUACAAUAUUUUUGCCGUUUUACCAGAUCUGUAAAAUCAUAUCCAUACACUUCCACUGUUUGGCAGACGAAAAGUAAUUUUGUCACUUCAUGUACAUAAAUCGGGCAAUCACUCAAGGCAGACACAGAUGGUACAUUGUUGUAAAUGGUAAACAUUUCUUCUUUCUGCCAGCUAAUCCCAGUACAUAUGGGGAUUAUGGCAUCUGACACUUUUGGAUUGUUUAGACACACCAUAAGUAGUGUGAAUUGUGUAAAUAUAAGUUACAUACUGUGCAAAGCUCAUAGUAGCCCACUACCUCCCUCUGGAUUAGAAAAUUACAAGGAUCACAAACAAUUGUCAUGGCUUUGGAAUUCAGUAUUUUUUGAAAUUUAUAUUUUUCCUUUUUUCUGCAAGUCUAACAAUGUAAGUUCUCUCUGAAAGUUGAGAGCAUCAGAUAACAUCUGAUACUAUCUUAUUUUGCAUAUACAUACUUGAAAAAUCUGGUAAAUCCCCCCCAUACAAUAAACUGUUGGACAUCUCCAAAUCCAAAAGCACCGUAACUUCCUGGAGGUACCGUAGUAUAUUGACGAAAGAUAAUGCGUUCCAUUGAAGGAUUUUCUUGGGAUAGGAUGUCCCAUUUCAGUGGUUGGAUCAUCAUCUGUGUGAGACUCAGUGUCUCUAUUGAAGAAAGGGGUUGCAGUGACAAAGGAAGCACUUUGCGAUUUUUGUUUGUCCAAUAUUUUUUCUGUUGACAUACUUUUCCUGUUCCAAACUUAAGCCUUCAAUAACUUGGACAUAAGAGAGCUAUAAAAUUAUCAAUUUAGAGUUACACAUACAUAUGAAAUUUUUUAUCAGUGAAAAUGUAAUUCCAUGUGUAUGGUUCCAUUGUGUUGACAAUUUUGAAGAAUUAGGGUACAUCCACACGGCAGUAAAACAUGAUAAUCUCACUUCAGCCUUCAUCUCACACACAUCACAAACAGGUUGAUAAAAGUCGAAUACUUAUUUUGCACAGGUAGUCCUAAUCUGUGCAUCAUAAAAUUAUCCAUCAUUUACCAAAGGCUCAUUCUCCACUUGCAGUUGUUGACUUGCUUUUCACUGAUUUGUGGUACAUAUAUGAUAGGUUAACAGCUUGUAUUUUUGACAGGUUACUGUAGUGUAGACGCACCCUUAUAGAGAAUUAUGAAGGGGAUUUGAGAUGAAAGUAUAGGAAAAAUAAGCUUAAGAAUAUGGCAGUAACAAUAUAAAUGCUUUAACUAAACAGCUGUUAUAAAAUACAGAGCAGGUUGCUUCCAAUGGUAGUGAGUCAUAUUUCUCAAACCUGCAAUAACUUGCUUGCCAACCAAUUACAGAAUUGUAUUAAACAAAUCAGUAUUGCAAUGUUUUUCUUUGGGGUGUUUAUAUAGAUAAUUGUUUAUAAAAAUAUUCAUUGUUAAGUUUACAAUUUUACUUCUGCUCUUUAGAAAUUUGUUUAAACAACCCAAUUAGUUUAUAUUUUGGAUGCCUGGAAAGCCAUUGAAAAUGAGUGCAAGUUUUGAGUGCAAUUGUGUGGACAAUGACUAAAUUUCUGGAGUAUUCUAAGAAUUGCGGGUACUACUACAGUACGUAUACUCUAAUGUAUGAUAUUGUGAAUAGUUUAUUUUUUCUUUGGAAAGUGUAUUUGAACUAGAACUUGUGUAUGGGAGAAUGGCAUAAGGUAUACAGUGUUAAAUUCUUGAAGUGGGACAUGGAAGACUGCAGUUUCAUAAAGAGGUUCAACUGUGUUCUUGAUUGUUGGUCACCAUAGUACAAAAUUACGAAGUAUUCGUCUGCGUUGAUGUAACCUCCUUCAUGAAAACCUUGAAUGAUAAGUAAUAUAUAAAUUAGAAAAUAGUACUUAUUUACCAAGUUUUAAAAUUUCAUACCACCAUAUUAAUGAUAGAGCUGUUGUAUGCUUUAUCUUUCCUAUACAAUUUCAGUCAUUUUUAUUGUGUUGGAAUUGGGACAUUAGAUAAUGUUGAAAAUGUUGAUGUGUUCAGGUAUUGAUCGACAAGAUGUUUCUUGAUGCUUGAUUGGUAAGUAAUUUGUUAACCUUUGGGUGAAUUCUGUACUUUUCUCCUACACGUUGACUUUAAAUAAAUUUUAACUGACAUCUGUUUUGAUUUGCAUCGAGAAUUUUCGAUGAACAGGACGGUCUUCAGUAGUACAUCACUCACUUUCACAAUAGGUGCAUAGUUUGACUUGGUCCAAGUGCAAGAAGGUUUUUUUGGUUACGUCCACAUUUUCUUACGUGUCUUGUCUGAAGAUUCAGACAAGUCAUUCCUAUCAAGUUUUAAGUGUGGGCUUGUUCAGAUCUUUGUCAUAUUCCUUGUAAUAUCUCAUGCUUGUGUGAAAAUGAAUUUGAAUGAACCGGACUACAUAGGCUUCCAUUCCUUCCUCCUGUGAGGCAACCAUGUAUUCAGUUAUUCAUAAUGGCCUUUAUUUUAUUCUGAGGUUUCGUUAUUGUACUGUAUUACACAUCACUGAUAUGCUUUCACACCCUAGGUAUGUUUCAUUGCAAUGCAAGAACUGUUUUGACAAGUUGCUGCAAAAGGGCAGUUUUUAUGACUGGGCAAAGCACAUCAUCAUUGAACGCUUGACUUCACUAUACUUAAUGCAUCUUUUACUUUUACGUAUAUUUGUUUCUACUGUGUCUGUAAAUAUUCAUGCACAUUUCACACACUCUUUCCUACACACUUUCAUUGCCAUAAUCCAGUACCAUAGAAGUAUCAAAGCUUUCUUAAUGCAAAAUCAAAUAUCUGUUUCCACUGGUUGGAACAGUUGUACUAUUACUCUGUCUUCUUAUAGGGUACUCAUAUGUAUGCGCUUUUGUGUAACAAUGAGAGAAAAAAUUAUCAUUCCAUUUGCAUGGUUUUUAUUUUAUUUAUUUGUCUCAUAUUUCAUUUGAGAAGAAUAUUAAAAUGAAGCAUUACUACGUAGUGUUGAUUUGGUACUGUGUGACUGUAUGAUACAAGACGAUGUAUUUUCUACAGGAAUUCUUUGUAGUGUGCGUAAUGUUGAGUAGUUCAUAGUUUUGACUGCUUUUAAUUUUUUUCUUUUUUUUCAACCACUGAUUUGAGUAUCCUUUUAGUGUACACUUAAUUAUUGAAACAAAUCUGAUCUUAUAAAAAUUAACUAUGAGAUUAAUUCCGUAUCCUUUUAGUGUACACUUGAGUAUUAAAACAAACCUGAUCUUAUAAGAUAAACUUUGAGAUUAGUUCCGUCUCCUUUUAGUGUGCUCUUAAGUAUUAAAACAAAUCUGGUCUUAUAAAAAUUAACUUUAUAAGAUUAGUUCCGAUUCCAUUUUUAUUUAUUAAAUGACAUAAGAAUUUUUUUCUCAAUUUUUAGUUAUGACACAAAGGCCAAGGGAUACAUAGGAUUUGGUUAAUGACAUCCAAAAAUAUUUUUUCAUUUUUAAAAUUAUGAGUUCUCACAGAAGAAGGUGAAGGCUACGUUGUAUUGAUUAUCUCUCUUGAGCUGUAGUUUAUCAAUAUGGAUGAUAAUAGUUGAUUUGUGCGUUAUCAGGGAAUAUCUUGGCGAUGUUUUAAAAACUGAUAAUUCAAAACUGCUCUUGUUAAAAUCAAAACUUGAAUGCCUGCAUGUGGCAAUUUGUGCAGAAAGUUGAAGGUGAAAACUUAUAAGGGUAAAUUUGUACUAUUUUAGAUAUGAGAAAGAAAAUUUACUACCUAAUUGUAGCUUCCAAGUACUGUAUUUUUCUUCCUGUAGAGUGUUUAACAAUUAUCAAAGGUUAAAUGGAAUUUAGAGCUUGAUUUUGCUGAGUAGUCCCAAUUUCAGAGUUGUGUGAUGGAGAUAUACGAUACUAUGCAUACUGUAUUGUAAUAUUCCAUUGGCAUCCUAUGUAUUACAGUUUUUGGCAUUUACUAUGUAUAAAUAUAAAGUCACGCAAUCCUUUUGCAGUGGUUAUUGGGUGGAAGUGGGUGAUAAUGUCUGUUCUCUUGAUUUUUGUAAGUCAAGAUUGCCUUUGUUAUAUUACUGAUGUAAUCAUUCAGGUGAAAAUAGCGUCUGUAAAUGCUGUAUUGAACACUUGAUUCUGAGAAAGUUACUUUGAAAAGAUGAUGUUGGGUGAUCUGUGUAAAUGAAAAACAAAAAAAAGAAACAUUAUUGUUAUGCAACAUAUAGAGUAAUGAUUAAUUUUUUUCUGAUGUGAAAGGUUUCCAUAUCUUUUAUGUCUUAUAUAUAUAGCAUGAAGGGCUCAGAAACUAACAAGUUUUAGCAUCUUGUAGCGUACUUGUAAUCAUCUCUUUUUAGAUUUAUUGGUGGUAAUACCAUUGGAGUGGGUGUAUUAAGUGAAGAUUUAUUUUUUCCUUUGGAAGAUUGUUUUCAUUUUCAUUGCACUUUGUGAUAUUAAAAAGGACUCCUGAA